AUGGCCUCUGUCGACGGGUGCGUAGAGACAGUGCGGCAGGCGAUUGUGGCCGGCGGCAAGAAGCGCAAGGUGGCGGCCAUGGCCGUGGCUGAGCCACUCGCCCGCCUCCCGCUCUCGGCCCGGGCCGCCGUCGCCGAGCAGUACGCCGUCAGCCAGGGCAGGACGCUGGCGAGCGAGCUAGAGAAGGCCAAGCAGCCGAGCAAUGUCCGUGCCUUGCUUGCUGCCCUGGCCACGCCUUGGCCCGUCUACGACGCCGAUGCCGCCCACAAGGCCAUGGAUGGCUUCGGCACAGACGAGGCUGCCCUCGUCGACCUCCUCGCUGCCCGCCCGCACUCGCACGUCUCGGCUGAUCUUCCCGCUGCCUACGCCGCCAAGCACGGCAACGCUCUCCGCGACGAUGUCGGCUCGGAGAUGGGCGGCAUGACUGGCCAUCUGCUUGCCUAUCUCCUAGAUCCGCAUAGGAUGGCUGGCGAGGACACCGCCGUCCCGGCCGCAGACGCCGCACGCAUCUAUGCAGCCAUGGAGGCCGGCAAGUCGGUCGAGGCCGUCCUCGUCGAUGUCGCUGGCCAUCGCAGCUCAGAGUUUAUGGCUUCUGUUGCCUUUGAGUACGCAAAGCUCGGCCCUACAGAGCUCGAGGAUGACAUCAUCAAUGCCGUCGGCGACAACGACCUCGGCGGGCCAAGCGCAUACCCGCGCCUUCUUCCCUGGGCACAUCCCACCACCCUCCGCCUCGCCGACAAGUACGUCUCGCUCUUUGAUCGCAAGCGCUCCACCGUUGUCGGACUCGUCGAGAGCGCCACCAAGGGUGAUGCCCGCGCCGUUGCAUCGCUUCUCUGCGACGGCCGCCCGCUCACCCCACGCCCAGCUCCGGUGUUUGACACCGGUGAGGGCGAGGGUGAGGCCGAGAGUGAGGGCAACGCUGAAGACUGGGAUGUCGACGCCGCAGAAGCCGAGGGCGAAGAUGCCGGCUGGAUGGAUGCCGGCUUUGCUGAAGCCGAAGCAGCAGGCUACGGUGAAGACGACACCGCUGACUAUGGCCACAAUCUAGAGGCCGAGGGUGAGGACGAGGCCGCUGAUGUGUGGGCUGACGAGUGGCUCCUCGCCGGCGCCGCCGAGGGUGAGGCCGAGGCCGCUGCCAAUGCCGAUGCUCACACUGACGGGCCGGACACCGAUCUUGACGGCGGUGUUGGGCCGUACGACUCGGACGCGCAUGAUGCUUCUGACGACGAACUCCGCGCUUCGCAGCUCGACGACACACGCGAUGGCGCUGCAGGCAGCGCCGACGAGCCGCACGCGGACUUUCUCCGCCAGCUCGCCGACACCAAUGACAACAACAGCAACAGCAACGGCAACAACACUGACUCUUAA